UUUGCAGAAAAUUGAAGGCUUUCUUGCCAUGCUUAAUGUAACUGGAGGCAAUUUCUCACCUCAAUCACAAAAAAUACCAUUUGCUGUAACCAGCGUCGAUGGUGACAAGUACUUACUUUAUUAUUCAUCAAUAAAUCUUUUAGGAAAGUUAUUAUCAAGCAAGGCUAGAGUUGCCAAAUUUCAGAGAACCCUUAGCAUGGCUGAAUCACGAUCUGAAAAGCCCCGCUUACGUAUACCUAUGAAAGGACGUAUUCAACUGGUUCUCAGCAAUCCAGAGAGAACACCUAUCCAUACCUUCUUCUGCAAUUAUGAUUUGAGUGACAUGCCAGCUGGUACCAAGACAUUCUUGCGGCAAAAGGUGACUUUAACUGCGUCUGGAUCGAAGUCCAUGAUGGGUAAGGAAAGCCAAAAAGAUUAUGAUAUUAGAGAUGAUGACAAGCCUCCGAUGAUCAUGGCCACCAGUCAUGGAGAUAAAGAUCUUCUCACCUCAAAAUGCGGAGAGUUUGAUAGUUUUACAUGUUCAAAGGCUGGCAUUUUGCUUUAUGCUCUUCACCUUCGCUUUAUGUGCCCUUUUCCUAAAAGACGUUCAAGGUCUGUUCAUAAGUGCAAAUCUGACACUCUCUCUGCAGAAGUGAGAAAUAUUGUUGACAUUGAACCUGAAAGAAGCUUCUACUUGUAUGAUGAUAUGAGGGUAGUGUUUCCUCAUCGUCAUUCAGAUUCUGAUGAGGGCAAGUUACAUGUGGAAUAUCAUUUCCCUUCUAAUCCAAAAUACUUCGACAUCAGCUGCUGAAAUGCCUCUGGUCCCCUCAAUGGUUUUUUGUAUAUAUACAGUUGUAAAUAUUGUACACAUACAAUUCAUUUCUUUCUAUUUUUGGUGCCAUUUGCCUCCAUGUAACUAAUAAUUUGUAAUAUA